AUGGCAGUUUUCUGCCAGGUUGUCAGUUUAACUGAAUUAAUUGACAUGAGGGCUAGAACUGUGCAGCCAAGAAGGGAAGAAGUACCAGUGAAUGUGUCCAUUCUGUGGCAACAAGCCAUUAAAUCAGCUCAGUCUGACAGCACCUUCAGAAAAGGUCAUCCUCUUUUGGAGAUGGAGUACCUUGUGCAACUGUGUCGCGCUCUCAGUGACAGCAAAAGCCAUGAUAGUAUGGGUUUCAGAGAUAUCCAGCAGGCUUUGUACGAGCUUGCAUACCAUGUUGUCAGAGGAAACUUAAAGCAUGAUCAAGCUUCUAAUGUGCUUGGUGAUGUCAUAGAAUUUCGGGAAGACAUGCCUUCCAUCCUAGCUGAUGUCUUCUGCAUAUUAGAUAUUGAAACAAGUUGUUUAGAAGAAAAAAAUAAGAGGGAUCAUUUUACCCAACUGGUAUUAGCCUGUUUGUAUCUUGUAUCUGACACUGUCCUAAAGGAGCGUUUAGAUCCAGAGACACUGGAGUCAUUAGGACUUAUCAAGCAGUCUCAACAGUUCAAUCAGAAAUCUGUUAAAAUAAAGACAAAACUAUUUUAUAAGCAACAGAAGUUUAAUUUGUUAAGAGAGGAGAAUGAAGGUUACGCAAAGCUCAUUGCGGAACUUGGGCAAGACUUGUCUGGAAAUAUCACUAGUGAUUUAAUCCUUGAAAAUAUCAAAUCUUUAAUAGGAUGUUUUAACCUUGAUCCUAACAGAGUUUUGGACAUUAUCCUGGAAGUCUAUGAGUGCAGGCCUGAAUAUGAUGACUUCUUUGUACCACUGAUAGAGUCUUACAUGUAUAUGUGUGAACCUCAAACUCUAUGUCAUAUCCUUGGGUUCAAAUUCAAAUUUUAUCAGGAUCCAAGUGGUGAGACACCUUCCUCCUUAUACAGAGUUGCUGCUGUCCUUCUGCAACAUAAUCUCAUAGAUUUGGAAGAUCUUUAUGUUCAUCUUCUUCCAGGGGAUAAUGCCAUCAUUGAGGAACACAAGCGAGAGAUAGUGGAAGCCAAACAAAUUGUCAGAAAACUUACAAUGGUUGUCUUAUCCUCUGAAAAAACUGAGGAAAAGGAGAAGGAAAAAGAAAAAGAGGAGGAAAAAACUGAAAAGCCUCCUGAUAAUCAAAAGCUUGGUUUACUGGAAGCUUUAUUAAAAAUUGGGGAUUGGCAGCAUGCGCAAAGUAUCAUGGAUCAGAUGCCUCCUUUUUAUGCUACUUCACACAAGCCUAUUGCCGUUGCCCUUUGCCAGCUUGUACAUGUGACAAUUGAACCCCUCUACCGCAGAGUUGGUGUACCUAAAGGAGCUAAAGGGUCACCCAUUUCUUCUUUGCCAAACAAAAGAGCACCAAAACAAGCAGACAGCUUUGAGGACUUGAGAAAGGAAGUGUUCAACAUGCUUUGUUACCUUGGUCCUCAUCUCUCCCACGAUCCCAUUUUAUUUGCAAAAGUGGUGCGCCUUGGAAAAGCAUUUAUGAAAGAGUUUCAGUCUGAUGGAAACAAACAGGAAGAUAAAGAGAAAAUGGUGAGUUUAUUUUGA